AUGGGGAAGCGCGUCCCUGUUGUACUUGUGUCAGAGGCUGAGAAGCUACUGACCGAGAGUGUUUUUCAGACGCAAUUACAUGCAAAGAAGAAGAAACGUAAAAAACCGUCCGCUCAGAAGAACCAAAGUUUGCGUGAGCUUGAAGCCGCAUGGGUUGACGAAGAUGAUAAAGAAGUAGAGGUGAGUCUGGAGGAACAACCACAGCUGCGUAAGCUCCGUAGGACUGAGAAGGAUACAAUAGUAAGUGGCAAGGAACUGCAUCUACGACUGAAGACUUUUUAUCAGUCGGCACAUGGUGCUGUGUCUUGGGCAGACCCAAGCAAUUUUUUGGGUGAUCGACAAAUAGGCUUAUAUGAUAGUGACAUUGAAGGGGAGGCGGAGCUACUUCGAAGUACCGACAAAAUGUUGGAAUCCUCUGGAAAAUUGCUGCCUCAGGGAGAAUUGGAGAUUAUUCGUGUGAAAGACGCUAAUCAACAUGCUCCUUCUAAUGCAGUCGUCCAGUCUGUGCAGUUUCAUCCGAAUGGUCAGCUGAUUUUGACUGCGGGGUUGGACAAGACCCUGCGGCUUUUUCAGGUGGAUGGUAGCAACAAUGCAAAAGUUGAGAGCGUCUUUGUGCAAGACUUGCCUAUGUUAGACGCUAAGUUUACGAUGGCUGGACAGCGUGCAGUGCUGACUGGACCCCGACAGUAUUUCUUCUCAUACGACAUUGAAGCAGGCAAGAUUACCAAGAUUCCGGGUCUCUAUGGACGUAAAGAGAAGAAACGUAAUACAUUUGUGGUCUCGAAUAACGGUGAGACGAUUGUAUUCAUGGGAAGUAAUGGAUACUUGGACGUAGUGUCUGCAAAGUCGUACGAGUCGAUCGGUACACUCAAGAUGAAUGGAAGUGUCAAGUCAGUGGCCUUCUGCGAGAAUGAUCGCUACUUGCUGAGUACAGGCUCAGACGGACAGGUUUACAAGUGGGAUAUGCGUACCCGGCGGUGUGUCUUUGUCCACGAUGAUGAAGGGAGUUUAGGCAGCUUUGCCUUGGCUGCUAGCGAUAAAUAUUACGCCACCGGUUCGAAAAGUGGUGUGGUCAAUAUUUACGACAACGCCGCUCUGACUGCUACGCCAAAGCCGUGCAAAGCGCUUAUGAACCUUACUACUGAAGUUAAUCAUCUCGUGUUUAACGCAAAUGCAGAAAUUUUGGCAAUUGCGUCAAGGGACAUGAAGAAUUCACUGAAGCUGGUGCACAUGCCGUCUUUGACUGUUUUUGCCAACUGGCCGACGGCACACACGCCGCUGCACUACGUGACAGCAAUGGACUUUAGUCCGAAUAGCGGCUACUUUGCAGUUGGUAAUGCGAGGGGACGUGUAUUGCUGUAUCGACUGACUCACUACAAGUCUACGUGA